AAGGCAUGAAUUAUAGAGAGAGAAUACAGAAAGUAUAUAGAAGAGAUCCCAAAAACGUUUCUCAAUCAUUGUUCUGUAGCAAAAUGUGAAAGCUCACAGCUAAUUAUUAAAAAUGGCUGCUUUCCUUUCUUUGCUUUCACACUCCCUCCCUCCUAACUAACGAGUAACGACAUCAACACACAAAAAUACAUUUGUUCUUUGUUCUCCCAAAAAACAAUCGACUCUUAGGAGUAUUAAUUAAAAAGAAAAUCCACCUCACCCAAAACCACCCCCGACACGACAACACAUGGCGGCAGCCGUCGUCUUCCACCUCCUCGGCCUCCUCCUCUCCGCCGCCGCCGCCGCCGCCUCCGACGAACUCGAAACCCUCCUCCAAAUCAAAGCCGCCUUCCGAGACUCCAACCCCAAAUCAAUACUCGAUUCGUGGGCGACCGAUGCCCCCGCCUGCGAGUUCCCCGGAAUCACCUGCGAUUCCGGCGGCUCCGUCACCGGAAUCGACCUCUCGAGACAGAACCUCCACGGCCCGCUCCCCCUGAACCUCAUCUGCCAGCUCAGAUCGCUCGAGAAGCUCUCUGUCGGCGGGAACAAGCUCAGCGGCCGCGUGGCCGAGGAUCUCAACAACUGCUCCUCCCUCAACUACUUGGAUUUGGGGAUCAAUUUCUUCUCGGGCCCUUUCCCGGACAUAUCCGCCAUGACCGGGCUCGUCCAUCUGUACGCCAACGCCAGUGGAUUCUCGGGCCCUUUCCCGUGGACCUCACUCAACAACAUGACCAAUCUUCAGGUUCUGAGUCUGGGCGAUAACCCCUUCCAUCCGACCCCUUUCCCGCGUGAGAUUCUGAAUCUCACCAACCUCAACUGGCUCUACUUGACCAAUUGUAGCAUCGACGGCAAUAUCCCUGAAGAAAUCGGGAAUCUCGUACGGCUAAUUAACCUAGAACUAUCAAUGAAUAACAUCUCCGGCGAAUUACCCAGAGGCAUCACCAAACUCAAUACCCUCUGGCAGCUCGAGCUCUAUGAUAAUAGCUUAACAGGCGAAUUGCCUCCCGGAAUGAAAAACUUAACCAAUCUCGAGUUUUUCGAUGUCUCAACAAACAAUCUGCAAGGUAAUCUAUCCGAAAUCCGGUUUCUCAACAAGCUCAAGAGUCUGCAGCUUUUCGAGAACCAAUUCUCCGGCGAAAUUCCGGCAGAACUUGGGGAAUUCCGGAACCUGGUCAAUUUAUCCAUCUACACCAACAAGCUGACGGGCAAAAUUCCCCAGAAUCUCGGCUCGUGGGCAGAAUUCAACUACAUCGACGUGUCCGAGAAUUUCUUGACUGGCCCAAUCCCACCGGACAUGUGCAAAAGGGGCACCUUAAAGAUGCUCCUGAUGCUUCAGAACAACCUUAGCGGCAAAAUCCCGAGCAGCUACGCCAACUGCACAACAUUGCUCCGUUUCCGGGUGAAGGAUAACGGGCUCUCGGGCCGGGUCCCGGACGGGAUAUGGGGCUUGCCGAACGCCGAGAUAAUCGACAUCACCGAUAAUAACUUGGAAGGCCCAAUUACUUCCAAUAUACAAAACGCUAAGUCUUUGGCGCAGCUUUUUCUCGCUAACAACAGGCUCUCGAGCUCCCUCCCUCCCGAAAUCUCACAAGCCGCGUCUUUAGUAUCCAUAGAUUUGAGCAAUAACCGAUUCUCCGGCCUCAUACCGGACAAAAUCGGAGACUUGAAGCAACUCACCAGCCUCCAACUGCAGGGAAACAACUUUUCCGGCCCUAUACCAGACUCGUUAGGCUCCUGCCGCUCGAUCAACGAGAUAAACAUUGCCUUUAACGAGCUUUCGGGUCGAAUACCGGGCUCACUCGGCAACCUCCCGGCCCUCAAUUUUUUGAAUUUGUCAAAAAACCAUCUCUCGGGCCCCAUCCCUGAAGCCUUAGCCUCGUUGAGGCUUAACCUGCUUGACCUGUCGGGCAACGAGGCCUUAUGCUUCAACCCGUGCUCUAAAAAAUCAGGUGGGUCCCACGUCGGGAAACUCGUGCUCUGCCUCCUUCUGGCUUCUGUAAUAAUCCUUCUCGCGAUGCUUUCGGGUUUUUGCUUCGUCAAGAGAAAGCGCGAAAAUGUGGUGGUUGGACGAUCCUUAAAGGACGACUCGUGGUACGUGAAGUCCUUCCAGGCGUUGACUUUCACGGAGGACGAGAUUCUCGACUCGAUUAGACCGGAAAAUUUGAUCGGCAAGGGCGGCUCGGGUGACGUGUAUCGAGUCGCGGUUGGCAACGGGAAAGAAUUUGCCGUGAAGCACAUUUGGCACUCAGAUGAUUACAAAAUUGGGGGCUCGAGCUCGACACCCAUUCUGGGGAGACGUGGGCCCAGCAAGUACCGUGAGCUGGAGGCUGAGGUUCAGGCAUUGAGCUCGAUUAGGCACAUAAAUGUGGUUAAACUCUUUUGCAGCAUAAGUAGUGAGGGCUCGAGCUUGUUGGUGUAUGAGUACAUGUCAAAUGGGAGUUUGUGGGACAGAUUGCAUAACUGUAGGAAAUUGGAGCUCGAUUGGGAGACGAGGUAUGAGAUUGCGCUUGGGGCAGCUAAAGGUUUGGAGUAUUUGCAUCAUGGCUGUGAUCGACCCGUGAUUCACCGUGACGUGAAGUCGAGCAAUAUUCUCUUGGACGAGUAUUUGAAGCCGAGGAUUGCGGAUUUUGGGCUCGCGAGGAUUGUUCAGGAAAAUCCAAGUAAGGAGUCGACUUGCUUCAUUGCCGGAACGCAUGGGUAUAUUGCCCCAGAAUAUGCGUACACAAACAAGGUGAAUGAAAAGAGUGAUGUUUAUAGCUUUGGGGUUGUGCUUAUGGAGCUUGUGACGGGAAAAAGGCCUAUGGAGCCUGAGUUUGGGGAGAACAAAGACAUAGUUGACUGGGUUUGUGGCAAUCUGAAAACCAAAGAGACAGUAGCGAGCUUGGUUGACUUAGCCAUUCAUGAGAUUCAGAGAGAAAGUGCUAUCAAAGUUUUGAAAGUGGGCCUGCUUUGCACGGCCAGGCUUCCGUCUUUAAGGCCGACAAUGAGAACUGUGGUCCAUAUGCUGGAGGAGGCAGAUCCAUCUCAAUUUGUUGGCAUUCUUGUUACAAAAGAUGAAGGGGUUAAGUAGAAGAGUAAGAGGAGUUGGGUGGAGAAUGGGAGAGUUUUGAGAUUUGAUCCGAAAAUUUGGUACUUUCGUGACUUCGCUAUUUUGUGUGCCUGAGUUGGGUUGGGCGAUGGAAUAAUUUUGUUAAUAGUAAUCUUUUAGCCAAUAAAUUUGGGCAAUGUUACAUGUAUAAUUAUAGUAUAUAGUUGACAACAUUAAUUAGGUGUUCUAUAAAUUUUUAUCGAGUCAAAUUUUAGUCAUGCCACCUCAUGUUAUCAAUGUUGUACAAAAAAAAAAAAAAA